GCCACGCAACGCCUACGAGUACCCGUACUGCAGCAAUCGCGAGACCUCUCGCUCUCGCUGAUACCGAUAUCAAGAUUGAUCCAAACCCCAAGUCAUGUCAGAUUUUCUUCCCAAUAUUCGUGCCGUCAUCCUCAAAUUUUCGGUGCUUCGGAACAGGUGAUAUUUGGUGAUAACGUGAUCUCGCACCAAUGUUUUUACAUCCUGCACUCAUUUCAGCGGAUCGUGCCCCAGUUCAUCAAUUUUCCUCCACGAUAAUCUUAGCAGUGCCUCUGUGUUCUUGCCCAAAGUGAUUGUACCUCGGGUUUUUUUCUCAAUUCGCUAUCCAGUUUUCUCCCUGCAAAUCAUACUCACGAAGAAGUUUCUCGCGAGCUUGUGUCUAUCGUUUUAUUUCAAGUUUUUGGUCCUUAAGUUAAGAUUUUUUUUUACCGAUUGAAGCCGUCGAUAGCAGUCUACUUUUCUCUGUGUUCAAUGCUCCUGAAGGAGCUUCGUGUCUCGUUUUAGUGCCUCCGUUUGCUCUCUGGAAAUGGAUUUUUCGUUCACUUGAAAUUGUUUGUCCUGGAUCUCCGCAUUAGGAUCAGCAUUAUCUGAGGAGCAGCCUGUCGGCGACAACAUGGUCAGCCAUUCUCGGUAUGAGUAAUUUCUUAAUUGGUGGAGUCUACUAAAUUUCGCAUGCCGUUCCUCAGUCCAAAAAUGUCUUCUCGGCUCUACACUGUGGAGGUCGGAGACACCAAAUUUACCAUUUUAAAACGUUACCAAAACUUGAAACCGAUUGGAUCUGGUGCACAAGGCAUCGUUUGCGCUGCAUACGAUACCAUUACCCAACAGAAUGUUGCCAUCAAAAAGUUAUCGAGACCUUUCCAAAAUGUUACUCACGCGAAGCGUGCUUAUCGAGAAUUUAAGUUAAUGAAACUUGUCAACCAUAAAAAUAUUAUUGGAUUACUCAAUGCUUUUACACCACAAAGAACUCUAGAAGAAUUUCAAGAUGUUUAUUUAGUGAUGGAACUGAUGGAUGCAAAUCUGUGCCAAGUUAUACAAAUGGAUCUAGAUCAUGAGCGGAUGUCUUAUCUCCUCUACCAAAUGCUGUGUGGGAUUAAACAUCUUCACGCAGCUGGUAUUAUUCAUAGGGACCUAAAGCCAAGCAAUAUAGUUGUAAAGUCAGACUGUACUCUAAAAAUACUAGACUUUGGCCUUGCAAGAACUGCGGGUACAACUUUCAUGAUGACACCAUAUGUUGUGACUCGGUAUUAUCGAGCACCGGAAGUAAUCCUGGGAAUGGGUUACAAAGAGAAUGUUGAUAUUUGGUCCGUUGGUUGUAUAAUGGGCGAAAUGAUUCGAGGUGGCGUUCUUUUCCCUGGCACUGAUCACAUUGAUCAAUGGAAUAAAAUUAUCGAACAACUUGGCACUCCGUCUGCAGAAUUCAUGAAAAGGCUGCAGCUCACGGUUCGAAAUUAUGUUGAAAACCGGCCGAGGUACCCCGGGUAUUCUUUUGACCGACUAUUUCCAGAUGUCUUGUUUCCGUCUGAUUCUUCUGAGCACAAUAAAUUGAAAGCAAGCCAAGCUCGUGACCUGUUAUCCCGAAUGCUUGUCAUUGAUCCUGAAAAACGGAUCUCCGUGGAUGACGCUCUGCUUCAUCCGUAUAUCAAUGUAUGGUACGAUGAGGGAGAAGUUAAUGCUCCUGCACCUGGCCCAUACGAUCACAGCGUCGAUGAGCGAGAACACACUGUUGAGCAGUGGAAAGAGCUCAUUUACCAAGAAGUGAUGGAGUAUGAAACUAGCCACGCAUCAACGAGUCCGUCUAUCGAAGACUCCUAACGGUAACGUAUGCCGCAGUUCCACUUCAACAUUCCUUUCAUUCUUGUUGUGAAAAAAAGUUUUAACGAUGUCGGUAGAACCCUCUCUCGUGGAGUCCGGCAUUUGGCGGAAGUUGCACCAGUAGUUCACUUCCUGGGAGUCUUCUCUUGUCCCGCAUAGUCAAAAUGUUCACUUCUCAAAUUGAUAUCGCUGCAAUUGUACUUAAUUUCUCUCAGUACCUCGUAAAUUUAAACGGUGUUGUCCAUAUUUCCAUUAUGUGCUAGCAAACCAAGUACGUAUAAAUCUUCGCAAUCGCUGUUAACACUCAGUAUCAGUUAUAAAUUAAGUAACUUUAAGCUCAGCAAAAAUUUAUACCUCAGAGUUUUUGUCUCUUCGUACUGAAGAGACUUAAUUUUGUCUUAAUCUCUUUGAAAUCAAUAUCUCUAAGAAUGUUUUCUCUUUUCCAAAAUAGUUGGAUAAACUGUAUGUACCGAUUACUCUACAAGUUUUUAAUUCCUAGUUACUGGCUCUGUCUCUGUUCAGUACUGCAUGCUCUUAUUAGGAUGUAUUAGAUUAAUAGUCAGUAUUUUCAUACAGUCAAAUGUCAGCUCAAUUCGAAUGGACCCAAAAAAUAUUACCUGUCAAAGAAGGGGCAAUCUCUCAGAGGAAUGCUAUUUCAGUAAAAUUGGAUGGAACCUAAACAUCUUCCUAAACUCAGGUCCGAUGAGGCGUUUCAUGAUUUUGUGCUCAAAAUCAUGCUUUUGUGCUGAUUUUGCAAUUUUCGAAGUUUUUGUAUUAAACCUGAGUAAAAAUGGAAAAUAAGAAAAUGUGUGCCUCUGUUUUGGCAUCCCAAAACUUAUCUUUAUUUAUUUCUUCAAGCAAGAUUAAAUUAAUUUAUAAGCAUGACAUUAAAGCAGAACAUACAUUACAAGACCUGAAGUUAACACCAAAACUUUCAAUGUAGAAAAUAGGGCUUUGUCUGUUUGGAAAAAAAUGAUGAAAGUUUUGAGCACCGCAGUUCAUGAUUACUGGUAUGUGAUGGUGCAAUAUGUAUUUUGUGGCAGUGGCUUUAUUUAACACGUUCAUUGCCAGGCCAGUCAUCCUGACCUUUUUUUGUUGGUCAGGCUAGGUUAAAACAGUCUCAGUGAUCGGCAUUUUGUGCUGCACAUUUCCAUUAUGCUCAUGUUCAAUAGAGGCACUGUUAAUGGGUCUUGCACAGAAUCAUUUGUCAAGUACUAGUUACAUGUGUAACUCAACAGGAAACGCAAGUGUUGCGGUAGUCAUCAAUAACGGCGGUUUGAAGCAUUCUCGGUGUUUUUGCGCUUUUUCAGGCCUAACAGCAGCAAUCGCAUAGUAACAUGUCAGCAGUGAACAUGUUAAAUCAGUUUCACAGAAAGACCCAUUCCUUGAAGGAUUUCCCCAACACAUCAAUUCUAACGAUAUUAAGCGUUAAGCGUCUGGCUAUAAAUUAGGUUUUUCAUUAACUUUUCCAAUAGAAUUUGUCAUUCUGUACUCCAUUCAAUGUAAUUUUUUUUCUUCUCUCCUAUUUUAUACUAGAGUUUGUUUUUGCAGGUUGGGUUCCACAUAAAAACUCCAAAUUCUUCCAAGCUCUUCAUUUUGACUGUGUAAGGAAAAUGUAUUUUCCUUUUUUUUGUGAUAUGUAUACUCUGCGCAAGUGAUUUUAUUGCUAAGUAAAUAAGAAGGAACUGCACAAAAGAAAGUCUUAAAAAACGAUGAAAAUUUAUUCUAAUCUCAUUUGUGGAGUGGAGUUAAACUUAAAAAGGGAAAAGGUGUGCCUGUAAAGCGUAAUUUUGACCCUAAAUUUGGUCGGCAAAAAUUCUUUGGUAAACUCUAUUCAACAUUUGUGAUCAAGUAUUUUCGUUUUAUUACUACUAUACAUGAUUGCUAAUGGUUGAAUGUCUAAAAUGGCCUCUCCUCACAUUUUUGCUGGAAUACAGGUCUUUUCUCAUGCAAAUUCUAUGAGCUAUGAAUCAGUAUAAAAGACUUUUUUGCAGUUUUUUGGUACAUUUUAAGGUGUAACAUGUGUCAAAAUAAUUGAUAUAUCUGCUUGUACACGUACUUAAGAAUUCUACUGUGUAAAUUGACCAUAAAAAUUAAAAUUUCCUCACAACAA